AUGUCUAACUUGAAAGCUAUUACCAGUAUAGGAUCCGUUGUUCUCUCUGAGAACGGGAAUGUCUUCGAAAAGUGGGCAAAUGAAAAAGAUUCAGGUGAGGAUUUCCAUCAUGUUCCUUUGGAAGAGUUUUUGUUCGAGGCAAGAGUCCAGAGAGAAUUGGAAAAGUCUGAAGAUUGGGGAGAAGCUGCUGCAACUGUUCCCUUAAUGGAAUUAAUUAAAGUCAAUUUUUUUGGCUUCACUCCUAGAAACACCACUCCGAAACUAUCACCAAAGGAGAAAAGCUCCGAUGUCGUAUCGGAACAAGAAUUAUGUUCUGAGUCUGCUACAGAUAGUCCUCCGCUGGAAGUUGAAGUUGCAAAUAGAAUGGCUAGAACCGCUUCCUGGGGUUCUGUAUUCUACUUGAUUACGACUGAUAUUCUCGGUCCGCAGAAUGCGCCAUAUGCAAUUGCACAAUUGGGAUAUGUUCCUGGGAGUUUAUUAUACUUUCUCUUUGGUAUAGUGGCUGCUUAUACCGGAUAUCUUUUGUGGGUUCAAUUUAUUGCUCUUGACUCACAUAAGUAUCCCUUGAGAAGCUUUGGAGAUGUUGUGGGUCGUAUAUAUGGUAGGGAAGCAAGGUAUGUUGUGGAUGUAUUCCAAGUAGUUCAAUUAAUAUUCAAUGUCGCUAUUAUUAUUCUUGGAAAUGGACAAGGCUUAUCGCAAAUGGCAAAAGGUAGAAGUUGCUAUACUAUCUUGAUAUUUGUUUGGGCAAUUGCAGGUGCAAUAGUUGGUCAAAUUAAGUCAUUACAAAAAUUUGGCUUUUUGGCUAAUUUAGCUAUUUGGAUUAACGUUUUCAUCAUUAUUGUAACUAUUGUAUGUGCCGCCAAGGAGCCUCCAAAUUAUAUAUUAGCUCAGCACUCUGGGAUUGCAAUCGGUCCGGUAGUCACAAAAGUGAUCAAGAGUGGGGCGGGUGAGGUAGCUUUCACUGGUCAAUUGGGUGCCUGUAUGAAUAUCAUUUAUGCUUAUGGGGGAGCUAUGGUAUUCAUAGAAUUUAUGUCCGAAAUGAAAAGACCAUGGGAUUUCAUUAAGGGUAUGGCAUGUGCCCAGACAUUUAUAUUCGUUGUCUACUUAGUAUUCGGAUUGCUCGUUUAUCAUUAUCAAGGUCAAUUUGUAUCUAACCCUGCAAAUCAAGGAAUCAGUAGCUAUGUUUGGCAAACUAUAACUAAUUCAUUUAGUUUAGUUUCAUCUCUUAUUGCGGGAGGACUUUAUGGAAAUGUAGGGAUGAAGGUGUUCUACGUGGCUUUUAUUCAAAAACUUUUCCAUACUCCAGAUCUUGAUUCUAAAGUUGGAAGGUUUAUCUGGAUUGGGCUCGUUAUUAUUUACUGGGCCAUAGCUUUCAUCAUUGCAGCAGCAAUUCCUCAAUUUUCCUCCUUGACCAGUCUUAUUAGUGCGAUCUGUAUUUUACAGUUUACAUACACCUUCCCUCCCAUCAUGCAAUUUGGUUUGGAUAUUCAAGUUGGUGCGCUCGAUGGUGAUGGACCCUAUGAUCCCAUCAAGAAGAUUACUAACAGGGUGGAUUCCUGGAGAAACCUUUCCAGAUGGACACGAGGAUACAAGAAACACUGGUUCAGAAACACUUGUAACCUUAUCCUCUUUUUGGCUUCGUUAGCUACUGCUGGCCUUGGUCUCUAUUCUAGUGGUGAGCUGCUUGCUGCCGCCUAUAGAUCUGGUGCUGUUACAUCUUUCACCUGUCAUUCAACAGUGGCAUGA